AUGCAAGGUUUGUUUUGUUGUUUAACAGGAGUAUUUACAGCAGCAUUUGAUUGUCAAAUUGAGUGGUUAAUUGUGAAAGGAAUAGCUGACUUUGCAGAUGGUUUUCAGUUAGCUUCAGAGAGUUGGUCUUCCUGUGCCAGUUUGAUGGCAGCAUCUCUUGUUUCAUACAUUUUGAGUGAUCCUUGUGUUUUCCAUUCAUGGCCUCAUUAUCAAGGUAAUCAUGCUCUCAAAGUGCUGCCACAUCUUGGCAUUUGAUUUAUUGAAUCCAUUGUUGGGUUCCUUUCAUAUUACGGUCACAGAUAAGGUACAUGGUACAUGCUCUGGGGUGCAUACCAUCCCAAAUUCAGCUGUCCAAUACUCACCACUUCUUCAAGUUGUGUAAGUUGAGAUUAAAUGCGAUGCAACUCGUAUGAGUUGUAGGAGUUGUUACAAAAUUUCUACCACUUGUGUGAUUCAUUCAAGUAGCUUAGUGAAUGUGAUAUGUUUCUGUAAUAUAUAACAAGAAGCAUUAGAAGUGUGCAUCUUAUUAGGGACCGGUACAUUUUGAGAGAAUUUGCAAUAUUUAGAAGCUAUCAUGAUAGUCUCGCAUUAUACCCUAAAUCCUUUAUUAAGCCCCCCUCCCCCUUUUCAGGAGAAGAGAGUUAUUAAGCUCCCCUCCCCUCCCCUGAUAUAUUAUUCUUCGCUAAUAAAUGAUAGACUGUAUUAAUCAAUCAUGACUGUAAAACUUCGUGUUGACUGAUCUGGGAUGGUUUCAUACCAGCUGGAAGUUCGGAUUUGAUUCUGAUCCUCGGCUGCAUGACCUCCAACCUUCUUGUACUUGAGCUUUUCCACUUUGUAUUCUAGUUCUUUAAGGAGAGCUGAUACCAUCGUGAUUCUAAAUUAAUUAAGCUCCCCGCCCCUCUCAAAUAAGCCCUCCAUUAAAUGAGCUUGUUAUAAAUAAGUCCCCCCGGGGGGGGCUUAAUAGGGGAUUUACGGUAUGGUAUUUUGACAUUUGACAUACAUAUCCUGGACAGUGGUGAAAAUGAUAUUGUUUCGCUGAUACGUGCGAAAGUUCGUGACAUUCCAUAUGCACGUGCUCGUUGAAGCCCUUAAUAUUUAGUAUUCAUAAAUCGUACCUUUCAGUAAAGCGAAAUUGUAAUUAACUCAAAGACAUGAGUUGUAACUUGCAAGAGUAGAUUCGUCGUGGAAAAGAGUGGAGAGUGGAUUACAAGAGUGGAUUUGAGAGGACUCAAUGGAUCGAACAUUCGCGGCUGCAGGACACAAAUGCUACCGGGUACCUAUCGAGGAACAUUGAUCUGACAUUCGUUAUAUUAUUUUAUUUAUGCGUUCUCGUAGUGAUAUUUGUACUUUAAUUCUACUUUAGGUUUCGAAGGCGUUGUAAUGCAUCUUUGAGAACGGUAAUGAACAUAGUGGAUUGCAGCUAGCGAAACAUUCGAAACCCGAAGCGUGACAUCAAUGAUGGCUGAUCAAGACGCCAAAAACCAGAGACGCGCUGCGAAAGGACGAUUUACAAGAAAACUAGCUGAGUUAACGAAGUCAAUCGAGGAGGACAAAGGAUCAGAAAUAGUGGGAGUGAACUUCGAGCAGCUGAACGAGGCAUGGAGAAAUGUGGAAGCCAAGCAUGAUAUGUACACAACAUUUUUAAAGGAUAGCGAAGUAGAAGAAAGCGAAACGUGGAUAGCAGAGUUACAGAGUUCAUUUAGCGAAGCUAUGGAGAAACAGGUUGAAUACAUCGGCUCAAAGGCGGCUAAGGCGAUGGUAGAGAAACAGGUACUCAGUCAGCAAGAGGCGGCUAAAAAAGACUACGAAAAAACUCAAAAGUUAAUCGAUCAAGCUUUCAUAAAGCGAGACACGGAGGAAGCAGUUUUUAGAGCGCUGUUAGAGGACGCCUUUAAAUUGCUGGAAGCGUGCGAAGCCGACAAGGAUGUAGUUCCUGCUCUCAGGAAAGUUCAGCAGGCGUUAGAAGCUUCGUUAGCUGGUUGCAAAGUGGCGAAUGACAAAUAUUUGGAAUUUUUGAGCAGAGAAGAGGCCUCGACUGAGGUGGGAUGGAUUUUGGUCGUGCAGAAACGAUACAAUCAAGUUGUGGACAGGAUUGAAUCAGUCAUUGCCAAUCAAACAAAGGUGGAAGUGGGCCUGAAAAAUCUUGAAGCGAAAGCUACUAACCUUCGCCUUGAAAAAAUAAAGAUGCCCCGGUUUAGCGGAGAGCUGAGAGAGUACCCGAGGUUUAGAAAAGACUUUGAAAUUCAAGUUAUGCCAAGUUUAAACAGCAGCACUGCGCCUUACACUUUACGUUCCUGCCUCUGCGAGGGGCCACUGGCGGUCGUGAGGGGGGUCGACGAUGACAUUGAUGAAAUGUGGCGACGCUUGGACGAGAAGUAUGGUGAUCCAGCCAAGAUAACAGAUGUGAUUAUCAAUAGCAUACAGCGAGUUAAAGCCAUAAAAGAGGGAGAAGAUAAGAGAUUCGUCGAGUUUGUCGAAGUUAUUGAAAGUGGUUAUCGAGACUUGUUGAGGCUCGGACUAGAGAAAGAGAUAACAACCACAAGCUCCGUAAGCAUAAUUGAAAAAAGGCUACCAGCUGAUAUUAGAAGAGAGUGGGCGAGGCUCGUCAGCUCAGACUCGAGUAGCGUCGAUAAGAAAAACAAAUUUCCAGGCCUCCUCAAGUUUCUGCUCAACCAGAAAAGGGCAAUCGAGUAUGAUUUAUCAGAUCUGCGAGCGUCCGGAAGUCCCGGAAGUCAAGCGGGCCAACAGUCUGUUCAUUGUGCUGAUGCAGUGGCUGAAGAUCUUAAAGAAAACAAGCAGCAGCCUUUUGAAAGCAAGAGUAGCAGUGCGUGCCUGUUUCACAAUAGUGCCAGCCACGGAACCGAUGAAUGCCAGUUAUACCUAUCCAAGACUCGUGGUGAGCGAAUGGACAUGCUUAGAGAAAGGGGUGCAUGCUGGUCCUGUUUGAAGAUUGGACAUCGUCUACGUGAUUGCAGAAGCAGGAAAGCUUGUGGUGAAAAUGGUUGCACAAGGACGCAUCACAGAACAUUACACGAGGAAAAUCGGGAAGCCAGCGUUUCUGUAACAGCAAGUUCUUGCGGUGAUCCUUUGAGCGACACAUGUCUUCUUCUACUUCAAAGAGUUAGAACAGGAAAAGGCUGGGCCAACGUUAUGUGGGACAAUGCAGCAUCAUUAAGUUUCAUCACCAACAGCAAGGCCAAAGCGGAAAUGUUACACGGCACGAGAGUAGAAAUAUCUAUCGUCAAAGUUGGAGGCACGAGUGAAACAAUUAUGUCUAACAGGUACCUUCUCCCGCUGAUCGACUCUCAGGGGCAAGUCGUACCGUUCGAAGUUUAUGGUAUUGAUGUAAUAACGGCGGACAUUCAAAGUGUGAGCGUCAAUAACGUAGUACAUCUUUUUAAGGAUGUUACACUGGAAGAGAUAAGAAGACCAACCGGAAGUGUGGACGUGCUAAUAGGAUAUGGAUACGCCGGAUACCACCCUGUACCAGAACAAAAAUCGGGUCAUUUGCUGUUGCUAAGAAACCGAUUCGGAAGAUGCCUCGGCGGCACUCACGCGGAGUUAAAGGAUGCAAAUCACGCAAUGCAGAAUGCCCUCGUGCACCACGUAGCCGAAGUAAAGAUCGAAGACUUCUACAAUAUCGAGAACCUGGGGGUGGAGUGUACGCCUCGCUGUGGGGGUUGCAAAUGUGGAAAAUGUGCGCUCGGCGCGAAGAAUUACAGUCUAAAGGAAGAGAAAGAGCUACAAUUGAUUGAGAGAAAUCUGCACUUCAAUAAUCUUGAGCAUAGAUGGAUGACUCAAUAUCCAUGGAUAAGAGACCCGGCUGAUCUUCCAGACAAUAGAAAGGCCGCAUACGGAAUGCUAUUGUCUACGGAAAAGAGACUCGCCAAGAAUACUGACCACGCAAGAGUAUAUCAGGAGCAGAUACAAGAUAUGAUAGACAGGGGCGUUGCCCGAAAGCUAACGAAGAGCGAAUUAGAAGCCUACGAUGGGCCCAUUCAUUAUGUUUCGCAUCAUGAAGUUGUACGUCCGGAUUCAAAGUCCACGCCAGUACGAAUAGUCUUUAACACCAGUGCCAAAUACAUGGGUCACGCGUUGAAUGAAUAUUGGGCCAAGGGACCGGACCUUCUGAACAGCCUUCUGGGUGUGCUGAUAAGGUUUAGAGAGAACGAGGUGGCGUUAAUUGGCGAUAUAAAGAAAAUGUACCAUUCCGUGGGAACCACCCAGCUCGAACAGCACACGCAUCGGUUUCUAUGGAGAGACAUGGACGCCAGGAAAGAGCCAGACACGUACGUCAUACAGAGAGUCUCAUUUGGCGAUAGACCGUCGGGAACCAUCGCAACGGUAGCUUUGAGAAAAACGGCCGAAAUGGCGCAAGAGAAGUACCCUCAAGAGGCCAAAAUCAUUAGAGACAACACCUACAUGGACGACAUCAUUGAGAGUGUUGGUGAUAGGGAGAGAGCCGAAAGCGUAACACGGAACAUAGAGAAGCUGGUCGACAUAGGGGGAUUCAAGAUUAAAGGCUGGACCAUCUCGGGCAGCUCUGACAGCCUAAAUGAGAAGGAGAUACCUAGUGAAACGUAUGCACCCGCAGAGAAAGUCUUGGGAGUUUGUUGGAGACCCGUCGAGGACCUGUUUUGCUUCAAGGUGACGUUGAAUUUCUCCCGACGAAAGAGAAAGCUGCAUACCGAGCCGGAUAUAGAAUCCCAUCAACUAGAAGAGAGGUUUCCUGCGAAGUUGACAAAGCGAAUGAUUCUCUCCCAGAUCAACAGCAUCUAUGAUCCACUUGGGUUGGCAGGUCCAUUUACCGUUAGAGCGAAAAUCAUGAUGAGAAAAUUGUGGAUGAGUGAAGCGGAGCGGCUUGACUGGGACGAUCCAGUGUCAGACGAAUGCAGAGCAGAGUGGAAUACAUUUUUUUCAGAUUUAUUUAUCAUGAACAACAUCAAGUUCGGUAGAUGCCUUAAGCCCACAAAUGCGGUUGGUGACCCAAUGCUGGUGAUCUUCAGUGACGGAUCAAAUAGUGCUUAUGGUGCGUGUGCGUACGUCCGUUGGGCACUGAACGGUGGAGGGUUUGAAAGCAGAUUAGCCAUCUCUAAGAACCGACUCGCGCCAGUUAAGGCAAUGUCCAUUGACCGGAUUGAGCUGUGCGGAGCCGUGCUGAGCAAGCGUCUUAAAGAGCUCCUGGAGAGAGAGACGAGAUAUCGAUUUACCACGUGCUUGCACAUUGUUGACUCACAGAUAGUACACGCCAUGGUCCAAAAGGAAUCAUACGGGUACAACACGUUUGCUGCAACACGCAUUGGAGAGAUUCAAAGCGGUACUAAUCCCGAAGACUGGUGCUGGGUAGUUAGCGAGCAGAACAUAGCCGACUGGCUCACUCGAGGCAAGGAGCCAAACGAAAUCGACUUAAACAGCGCGUGGCAGAAGGGUCCAGAUUUCUUGAAGUUGCCAGAGUCUGAGUGGCCUAUUAGUAGGAUCUGUGCCAUACAAGAGCUUCCACAGGAACCUAGGGUCGUUAUGAUAGCUAACACCAAGCCCAAAGACUCCCUAGCGGUCAGGAUUGACAUAAGUAGAUAUUCGGAUUAUACGAGGCUGGUUAGAGUGACGGCUAGAGUGCUUGCCAUGUUCCGAACCGAUUAUAAGCCGAGCUUCAGAAAUGCUGCCAGAGUCCUUGAGCCGGCGGAUGUUACUAAAGCGGAGCGAUUCUGGAUUCUCCAAGCCCAAGAAACUAUGUUAAGUGACAUGAAACGUGGACGAUUCAGACGCCUGUGUCCAAGAGUUCGAGAGGAUGGGAUAAUUGUCGUAGGAGGACGUGCAGAGAAAUGGCUGGAGAUGAGCUACAAUCAGCGCGAAGUUCCACUUCUACCGUUUAGGCAUGAGUUAUCCCGCUUGUACGCGAAACAUAUACACGAAGAAGGCCAUCAGGGAGUAUCUGCUACGACAAGCAAAGUGAGAUCAAGGUUCUGGGUCAUCGGGCUGCCUAGGAUAGUAAAGUCAAUUAGAUACAACUGUGUAACUUGCAAGAAGCUGGACAAGAAGACUACGACGCAACUGAUGGGACGGCUCCCCCAGGAAAGGCUUAAGCCAGCACCUGCGUGGAAUUGUACGGCAGUUGAUUUAUUUGGCCCCUUCAGGAUUAGAGGUGAAGUCCAGAAGCGAACCACAGGCAAAGCAUAUGGCGUCAUCUUCAACUGCCUUAGCACGCGAGCAGUCCAUGUAGAUUUGGCGCCUAAUUACAGCACUGAGAAAUUCUUGAUGGUCUUAAGGCGAUUUGUGUCACUGAGAGGUUACCCAGCGAAAAUGAUUUCAGAUAAUGGUACUCAGUUAACAGCGGCAAACGAGGAGCUCAAGAACGUUGUGGCAUCUUGGGAUUGGGAUGAGCUGGCCGCGUUCGGAGCCACAAAGGGAAUGGAAUGGAAAUUUGUUCCGGCCGACGCGCCUUGGCAGAACGGGGCCUCAGAGGCUCUUGUGAAGUCUGUGAAGAAGGCAAUUACGGUAGCGGUCGGUGAGAGUGUGAUGACCUUCUCUGAGUUGCAAACAGUCUGCUAUGAGGCAGCAAACCUAGUUAACGAAAGGCCAAUUGGUAGGCAUCCGACGUCACCCGAAGAUGGGACUUACCUGUGCCCUAACGAUCUCCUUUUAGGCCGAUCCACCUCUAGGGUUCCUAGUGGUCCCUUUAGAGAGACGAGAAACCCAAAUCACCGCUUUGAGUUCGUUCAGCAGAUUGUAGACGCUUUCUGGAGAAAGUGGAUUAGAGAUUUCUUCCCAAGUCUGAUUGUGCAGCAGAAGUGGCAUACAAAGAAGCGCAACGUGAGGGUAGGUGAUGUAGUGCUGAUCCAAGAUUCAAAUCAGGUGCGAGGUAACUGGAAGCUCGGUAAAGUGUCCAAGGUUUACCCUGGAGAUGAUGCCAGAGUAAGGAAAGUGGACGUGGAAUACAAAAACCCCAGACCAGGUGAACCCGUCGACAAAUACGAAGGCAGGGGCUACGUCACCGUGCAGAGAGCUGUGCACAGAUUAAUCGUGUUAGUUCCAGUGGACGAUACCGAGGGAAUCUCCGCUGAGCAGUAAGAAGGAAUAUCAGUUGUCCGAGCGCAGACGAGAGAGCAAGUAUAACGGUGACGAUAUAAACUUCCCCAAGCGGUUUUGUGGGGGGAGUGUUUCGCUGAUACGUGCGAAAGUUCGUGACAUUCCAUAUGCACGUGCUCGUUGAAGCCCUUAAUAUUUAGUAUUCAUAAAUCGUACCUUUCAGUAAAGCGAAAUUGUAAUUAACUCAAAGACAUGAGUUGUAACUUGCAAGAGUAGAUUCGUCGUGGAAAAGAGUGGAGAGUGGAUUACAAGAGUGGAUUUGAGAGGGCUCAAUGGAUCGAACAUUCGCGGCUGCAGGACACAAAUGCUACCGGGUACCUAUCGAGGAACAUUGAUCUGACAUUCGUUAUAUUAUUUUAUUUAUGCGUUCUCGUAGUGAUAUUUGUACUUUAAUUCUACUUUAGGUUUCGAAGGCGUUGUAAUGCAUCUUUGAGAACGGUAAUGAACAUAGUGGAUUGCAGCUAGCGAAACAGAUAUUAUCAUUCUAUUUGUCAUCAAUGUAUCAAUAAAAUAUCAAUUUUGUUAUCUAACUAAUGAGUGUUUCUUUGGCAGGACCACAACCACAAGAGUUAAUCGCCCACUAUGAUGAAAAUGGCACUAAACCACCAUCUACCGCUCCAUUGAGCCUCCAACACCCGUCAGAACCGCAGCAACAAGAAAAUGAUGACAAUCCAACCAUAAAGCAACCAUCAACCGCUUCAUCCAGCAACGCUUCACUUGAUUCGUCAUUCAACCGUACUCAAACAAAUGAAGAAACAUUAGUAGCUCCUUCCAUAAAGCGAAUGAAGAAACAUGUCCGAGAAGUUACCGAACGACCUAACAAAGAUCUUAAAUCACCUUUUGAUGAUCCAGGCGAAGGAAGAGAUCUAAAGCUUGACGAAAUCUUCACCAACUUGAUUGUUUAUAAGGGGAGAGCUAAGUAUGACUUUUCUGGAGACAGAGGGCAACAACUUAAAGAGUACCACAAAGCCAAUGAAAAUUUGCGACCAACACGGCCAGGAGAUAUUUUCGAUGCUGAAAAGCAAAAGAUUCUUGUUGUCGGUCGUCCUGGAAUUGGAAAAACCAUGUUUAGCACAAAAAUUCUCCGUGACUGGGCGUCCGAUAAUUUGUUGAACGAAACACAAAAAUCACAAAUAGAUUUCGCUUUUCUCAUUAAGCUGAGGAUGUUUAACUCUACCGACAAAGAACUCAAUCUUCGCGAACUACUGGAUCACUCAGAGUAUUCAACAGCUCUAUCUAAGGAUACCUGGAACUACAUCUGUAACAACCCAGAGCGAGUACUGAUUAUUUUUGAUGGAUUUGAUGAAUAUUCUGGCAAGACUGAAAUCAAUAAAGAUGACGUCCAGCACAGAAACAAUGAAGAAGACAGGAUGCCUGUCCAUUUCCUGCUACAGAAAAUAGUAUCCGGAAAACUUCUUACCCGUUCGACAGUCUUAGUGACUACAAGACCAAACGCAGUGUCAUGUAUCAGAAUUCGCGAGUUCGACAAAACUGUUGAAAUUCUGGGAUUUACAACUGAGCAAGUGGAAGAUUAUGUGGAGAAGUUCGCAGAAGGCGAUGACCAAAAAGCAAACACCAUAAAGCAACACAUCAACGGUAACUUAAACCUUCUCGCCUUCUGCUACAUUCCUGUGAAUUGUUUCAUCAUUUGCUCCUGCUUGUUUCAACUGCUGAGCAACUCAAACUCCGCUAGCCCUUGCCUCCUACCUACAACACUGACCGAAGUAUACUCCAUCGCCGUCAAGUUUUUUUACUUUCGUCACCACACUAAAGUAAAUAACGUAGAAAAAAUAUUUCUUAAGCCAUUUAAGGAACUGUCUUCCUCUAUGCAAAAGGUGUUCAAACGUCUAGGAAAAAUUGCUUUUGACGGAAUUAGAAAGGGAAAACUAAUUUUUGAAUCGCACGAAGUUAACGACCUAGAGAGUAAUGGCCUGUUCCACCGUUUACCCGAUACUAAAGACCGUCCUUUAGCUGAGCCAAGACCGCAAUAUUGUUUUAUGCACCUGACGAUACAGGAGUUCUUCGCGGCGAAGUAUUUGGUGGACACGUUGAGUUCCGAAGAACUGAGAAAGUUUGUUUCCGCUCACAUCCAGGAUGGCGCGUGGAAGGUUGUGAUGCAGUUUGUGGCUGGACUGCUGCCUGAAAAAGAAGGACAGUCAACAGAUAUUUUCAGCGACCUUCUUCCCUCAAAGACGGAUACUAUAUUAGUUGAAACCGAGAUGAAUGAAGAUUCAGAGGAACCAACUAAAACACUGACGUGGUGGCCAGCUCGUGAAGACAAGGCUUUAGUGGUGACGCUAUUCAAUUGCCUGUAUGAGAACAAUGCCUCUGAUCGAGAAGUUCAAAAGAAACUGGCGAAAAUUGCUUGUAAUGCGCUUAAUUUUCGUGGAUGUAACCUGUCACCUCUCGACUGUUUAGUAUUAGUGCAUGCACUUAAAUCUGUUGAAGGAAUUUUGGAUUUUGAUUUAUACCACAACAACCUUCAGUCGCUAGGAUGUAUUGAGAUUGCGAAGUUGUUACCUGGCAACCAACACAAUCAGGGUUUUUGCGAACUAAAAAGAUUAUACCUCGGGAAUAACAACAUAACUGAUGAAGCAGUUAAACAUUUAUCUACAGCACUCACACACACUAACUGCAAACUAAAAAUAUUAAACCUCAGGAGUAACAACAUAACUGACGAAGCAGUUAAACAUUUAUCUACAGCACUCACACAUACUAACUGCAAACUAAAAAGAUUAAACCUCAGGAGUAACAACAUAACUGAUAAAGGUAAAAAUCUCCUAAACUCAAUGAACAUAAACUGUAAAGUAGUUUUCUAUUAAAUCCUUGUAUGCAAUGUAAAUGUUUCUCUGUUGAAGGAACUUUGAAUUUUGAUUUAAGCUUCAACAACCUUCAGUAGCUAGGAUGUAUUGAGUUUGCGAAGUUGUUACCUGGCAGCCAACACAAUCAGGGUUUUUGCGAACUAAAAACAUUAAACCUCGCUUUUAAUCAGAUAACUGAUUAA